AUGGAAAGCAAAUGGAGAGAAGAGGUCCUGAAAGAAUUGAAAAAGAUAGGAGAAAACGUGGAGGAGAUAAAGAAAGAACUGAAAAGAGGAAGAACAAGAAGGGGCAGUGAAGAGCAGACAAAAGGAGAGAGAAAAGGAACGGGAAAAGAAGAAGGGGCAGAAGAGGAAGAUCCGGGAAAAGGCAACGAGCGCAAACAAGAGGAAGAUAACCGAAACAAGGUAAAGGAAGAAGAAAGACGAGAAAAGCGAGAUAAAGUAAAAGGAGAAAAGGGUGACGAACAAGAAGAAGCGGAGGAGCCGGAAAUAGAAGAGGGGGAAAUGAAGACAAAAAGGCGAAAAAACAAGGAGGAAGAAAAAGGCGAAAAGGAAAGGGGCGAAGGGUCGAGCAAGAACGAGGGGGAAGAAGAGGACUGGAGGGAGAGGUGGGAAAGAAAAAUAGAAAGUGAAAGAAGAGAGAGGAGGAAAAGAAGCCUCGUAUGGAAAGGAGUAGGAGGUAACAGUAUAGAAGAAAGAGCCAGAAAAACAAAAAUUAUACUACAGAUGGAGAUGGGAAAACAGGCAGAAAUAAGGAAGACAACCGAACUAGUAGGGGAAGGGGGGCGAAAGCUCAUCCUGAUGGAACUAGAUGAUGAAGCGGACAGGGACACGAUGCUAUGGAAGAAGGACGAGAUAUGGGAAAGAUAG